AUGUCCUCGCCGUCCACACCACGCUCGACGCGUUCCGCGUCCCCGGGCGGUUCGCCGAAUAUUAUUACACCCGGCCAAAAGAUCAAGGCGAUGUUGGCUGAAUUUGACAGUGAUUCAGAAGAUGAUACCCAAAAUGCCGGGUCGACCUCUGCUGCGCCAAUACUUGCUCUAGGGCGUGAUCGCACAUCAACAAAGGCACACCACCAUGGUCAAACACACGAAUCUGAAGGUUCGAGUAGCGAAGAAGAAGUCGCUCGUCCCAAGGGCCGAAUGGCUGCCCGCAUGCAGGGUAAUACCACGAAGUCGCCUACCUCCAAUGAAGCGCAGUCCGCAUUCGCUCGCGUGUCUAAGGCUCUGCAUUCUGAGAGAAAACAGGCGCAGAAGCCGCAGCAGGCAGACCCCACACCCGACGAAGAAUCGAAUGAGGAUGAUGUCCCUACGGCUGGACCGAGGGAAAAGAACAACACCAGAUCUAAAUACCCAGAAUCCGAUAAUGAAACCAGCCAAACUCCUCCUCGACUAAGAUCCGAAUCUCCCCUCUUUGUGUCUUCUCCCGCUGAGCCGCGUGACGACCCCGCCCACAGCGAUGACAAUGACACUGGUGCCGAGUUUAAGCCCAAGGGUAAUGCCCGAUUCCUUUCGCUUGUCGCCCAGAAACGCAAGGAGCGAGAAGAGCGAGAGAAAGCCGAGGCGGAGAAGAAAGCUGCUGCUCGGAAAGCAGUGAUGGAACACUUCGGUUCGGAGGUUCUCUCUGGUGAGGAAAGUGGUGCUGAUGACCCUGGCUCUGCUCAUAAGCUAUCUCAGAAGGCUCGUCAGCCUCGCAAGGCGAGUAAGAAGGCUUUGGAUGAGAUGAGACAGGAGACCCAGCGGAUGAGCCGUAAUAUGCAGCUGGCUCAUCAGGCUAAGACAAAGAAGAAGAUCACAAAGGAGAGUCUCUUUGCAAGAUUCAAUUUCAUGCAACCUGAUCCCCCAGCAACCGAGCAACCUGCCGCAAACCCAUCAUCGACUUCCGGCUCGCAGAACUCAUCUGAUGGAGAUUUACUCAAACUCAAAGAUACACCGCAUACUUCUCCAAUUGCUGGUGGAGCCAAUGCGAUCAAAACGACUGCUUCUGGUUCCGAAGCUCAAACACAAGCCACCGAUGUCGACAUGGACGAGGGCCAGGAUCUGCCUACUGUGGAUGAGUUGGUAGCUGAAAAGACUGAUGCCGUACAACCGCAAGAACCGGAAGCCAAACAAACUUCUCGUUCUACAUCCGAAGCAGUCAAUGAAAAGAAAGUCUCUCGCCCUCUCACUCAGCCGCCUAUUCGCGUGCUGCUUUCGCGACAAGCAGUUGCUGCGAACACCAAUGAUAAUGAUGAUGAUUCUGACAGCGAUCUGGAAGUGGUGACUUCCCCUGGCAAGUGUCGCCGUAUUGCAGCAUUCGAAAAUCUCCCUUCUCGCAAGAUGCAAGAAGACCCUGGUACAACUAGGCUGAAGGCAUUGGCACACUUGACGUCUCCCUCGCGCAACCGAGCCACAAUGAACAACGCAGAGCUUUCGGCGAACCUUUUGUAUAGAGCUCGACAGCAAGCAGCCAGGGAGCGCCGUGAGCGAAUCGAAGAACUCCGUGCUAAGGGUGUUAUUAUUGAGACCGCCGAGGAACGUGCAGCCAUGGAGGAUGAUAUGGAAAAUCUUGUGGAAAAGGCCCGCAAAGAGGCAGAUGAAAUUGCUCGUCUUGAGAAAGCUGCUAAGAAGAAGAAUGGUCAGAAUGACGACGACGAUGAGGAUGAGGAUGACGACUAUCAGCUUUCCGGAUCAGAUGAAGAAGCAUACGGUGAAGGCGAUGAUGAGGAUGAAGACGAGGAGGAGACCGCGAGCGUGGAUGGCAAGGCCGGGCUUUUCGAGCAUGAGGCAGACGAAGACAAUGAGUCUGCUGAUGAAGAAAGCGAAGAUCGACCCUCAGACGCUGAAAAGGAGAUUCGAACUUCUGCCAGACGCAAGCGCCGAACACGAGUGAUCAGCGAUGACGAAGAUGAGGAAGAUCAACCUCUAGUGCCAUCGACUCCUGUGAGAGCACCAAGCCAUGUCCCUCAGUCCGCUGAACGACCGGUAUUCCCUGGUCUUGGAACACCUGGUGAUAUGUCUCUCGGUCUUACCCAGGCCUUUGCCUCUACGCUCGAUGGCAAUGGUGUCGACAGUCAACUGGGAUCCGCUACCAUCCCCUUCUCCUUGCCUGAUCCGGGUCGGCCUACGCCCCAGCUACGAAAGGAAGAGUCGGAGGUUCUUGUACCUGACAGCCAGGAACAUCCAUCUAACAAGGACAUCAUGGAGGGUUACUCGCAAAACGUUACUCGUGUAUCAGAGUCACCUGCUCCAUACCAUUUCCAGGAAUAUUCUCAACUACCCGACCCAACCCAAGACGAAGGAUUUGUCUUCUCGCCGUUUGAUCCUGCGAAAAGAUGGAGAGAUACUCCUCCUGCGUCGACUGUUGAUACGGUUCUCGUGAAUCAAAGCCAGUCGCCUAUUGCGGAGCGAAAGCGCAAGAUGCUGCGACGAGGUCGCGCCACUGAGCUUUCUCAAGUUGAGGAAGCUGAGCCUGAGGGUGACUUUGAGAUCAAUGCCAAUGCCUUCGAUGUCCUGAAGAAAGACAAGGUUACGAAAAAGAAGUCUGCCCCUGAAUAUAACAAGAAGAACAGCAAGGCGAAGGACAUUGUGGAUGAGGCUGCCGAGGAGUCUGAGGAUGAAUAUGCAGGCCUUGGAGGUCACAGUGAUGACAGUGAUGGCGAAGAGAAUGCCAUUGAUCGCCAGAUGAUCAACGACAACAGUGGUGAAGUAGUUGACGAGAAGCAGCUCGCCGCCCUCAACGCUGUCCACGAUCGCAAACGUGACGAGAAAGACGUUGCCAAGCUCAUGAGAGACAUCACCACUGGAGCUCUACGUCGCCGCAAGAAUGCCGAUGAUGAUUUCGAUCUUGACGACUCAGACGAUGAGCACUUGGCACGCCGCCGUGAGAAACAACGUGAAUUUGCCAAGAUGCGUCGUGCCCUUCUCGCGGACGAGAAAAUCGGCGAGAUUGCUGAAAAUCCCAAGAAGGCGGCAUUCUUCAAGGCUGUUGAGGAUCGCGAGAUGGAUGAUGACUUCAAUAUCGAUUUCCUUGAGGAGGAAGAGGCCGGCUCUCAGGCAGAAGCAUCCCAAAAUACUGCACCCGAGGCUCCCUCAACCGAGGGAACGAAGCGCAAGCGCCCCCUUGAACCAUCAGCAGAAGAUUCCACCAACCGACCCCCUCCAAACCUCCGUCGCACUCCUGCCAGCGCAAUGUCCAAGAAGCCGGCGUCCCUGGCCGAGAUCCGAGAGACUCUAUCAUUCCUCACUGAAACCCCCGAAUACGAUUCCUUCCACGAGGAUGCUUCUCUCGAUGACGGAGAGGCCGACUACGAAGAAGAAAGCGAAGACCCAUCCGGUGCCGAAGAAGGACACUCAGAAGACCAACAAUCGGACACAACCUUCGCCAAACCCAGCCACCCACGCCGAACACGCGGAGUGGUCGUCGAUCGCCUCGCCCUGCUCCGUCAAGCAUCAUCCAACUCCGCAACAACCUCCUCCGGAUCUGGAAACGGCAAGAUGGCAUUCUCAACCGGCAACGGCGAAAAUCCCAUUGGAUUCCGUCCUCCUCAGCUCUUACGUCAUGUCACCACCGGCUCGUCAUCUUCCAGCAACUCCACCUCCACCUCCAACCGUGUUCCUAAGGCUGCAGCCUCUGGUCCGAAGAAGGGCGGUGCUGUCAACUCGUACACGGCUGCGCGUGAGCGUGAGCGUGAGAAGGAGCUACGCAUUAAGCAGCGCAGCGGUGGGUCCAAUAUCGCUAAGUUGUUGAACAAGCAUACUGGCGGUGGGCUUGGUGCUUUGGGCAAGGGUCAAUGGGAUUAG